AUGUCUGCUCCAGACCCUACAGUAGAUAUUGCAGACGCUGAGAAGCCGGAAGUGGAGAUGCUGUCGUCGUCUCUCUCCCUGAAGAAUUCCUAUAAGGCCAUGGCCGCUGACAGGCCUGGUCAACGUGGUAACGUUCUUGCUCACUACACCGAGGCGGAGACCAUGAAGAUGGGUAAGGAAUACGCUGCUGAAUACAAUUUGGAUGAGGACCUUUUUGCUCGUGCGGCUGCAUUGGCAAGAUGCCCGGCCGAUUUUGCCAAUAUGGAUUUCUUGACGGACUCCGAGAAGGAACAAUUGACGUUGGAGGUGACCAAAAAAUGGCACAUUCCUCGGAAGUUGGUUGAGGUCAUUGCUUUGGGCUCCAUGGCCGCCGCUGUCCAGGGUAUGGACCAGUCGGUCAUUAACGGUGCUACUUUGUUUUACCCUGAUGCUUUUGGAAUCACUGAUAUGAAAAACGCAGACUUGAUGGAGGGCUUGAUCAAUGGUUCUCCAUACUUGUGCUGUGCUAUUUGCUGCUGGACCUCCCACUGGUGGAACAGAACCAUGGGUCGUAAGUGGGUUAUUUUCUGGACUUGUUUUAUUUCUGCAAUCACCUGUGUCUGGCAAGGCUUCGUCAGUAUGCAUUGGUACCAUUUGUUCAUUGCCCGUUUCUGUAUGGGUCUUGGAGUUGGUGUCAAGUCUGCCACAGUGCCGGCUUAUGCAGCUGAGACGACUCCUCAUACAAUUCGUGGUUCUUUGGUGAUGCUCUGGCAGUUCUUCACCGCCGUGGGUAUUAUGUUUGGUUAUGUUUCCUCGUUGGCUUUCUAUCACGUUGGUGAGAGAGGUAUCGCUGGUGGCUUGAACUGGAGGUUGAUGUUGGGCUCUGCUUCCAUCCCAGCUUUCAUUGUCUUGUUCCAGGUGCCAGGUGUUCCAGAGUCUCCUCGUUGGCUCAUGGGCAAAGGUAGACACCAGGAGGCUUUCGAGGCUCUUUCUAUCUUGAGACGUGACCAGAUCGCUGCUGCUAGAGACCAUUUCUACCAGUACAUUUUGUUACAGCAAGAGUCCUCCUUUGACGGUAUUCCCUACUGGAGGAGACUUUGGGAGAUGUUCACCGUGAGAAGAAACAGAAACGGUGCCUUGGGUGCCUGGAUUGUCAUGUUCAUGCAGCAGUUCUGUGGUAUCAACGUCAUCGCUUAUUACUCUUCGUCUAUCUUCAUCGAAUCUAACUUGUCUGAGGUGAAAGCUAUGUUGGCCUCAUGGGGUUUCGGUAUGAUCAACUUCUUGUUCGCAAUCCCGGCCUUCUAUACCAUUGAUACCUUUGGUCGACGGAACUUGUUGCUAUGUACCUUCCCGUUGAUGUCGAUCUUUUUACUUGUUGCUGGAUUCAGUUUCUUAACACCGGACGAAAAUACAGAGGGCAAGCUAGCGGGUGUAGCGACAGGUAUAUACCUAUUCGCUGCAGUUUAUUCCUCCGGUGAAGGUCCUGUUCCGUUCACAUACUCGGCCGAAGCCUUCCCGUUGUACAUUCGUGAUUUAGGUAUGGGUUUCGCUACAGCCACUUGUUGGUUCUUCAAUUUCAUCUUGGCCUUCACCUGGCCUCGUUUGAGAAACGCCUUCACAGUGACUGGUGCCUUUGGUUUCUACGCCGCAUGGAAUAUCGUUGGUUGGUUCCUUGUGCUCCUCUUUUUGCCAGAAACCAAAGGUCUUACUUUGGAGGAGUUGGAUUCCGUGUUUGGAGUGUCCUUGCGUAAGCAUGCGAUUUACCGUGCUAGACAGGCUCUCUGGUGCUUCAGAGUUUGGAUUCUUAGAGAGAAGCUCAAGCCUAUGCCAUUCUUGUAUGAACACCAGAAGCGUUACUACCAGGAGAAGGGGUUGGAGUUGGAUCCUGAGAUCAGCAGGCAGAUUAGUAGAGAGCCGUUCUCCACUUAA